CUUUGAGUAAGUUUGUGCAUACUGGUAGUCACCAUUUCUUACAGCACAAUAGUAUUCCAUUACAUUCCCGUACCAGUGAGCCAGUCUUCUAUCAAUAGGUAUCUGCUUGCUUUCUAGUUCUUUACUACUACAAAAAGUGCUGCUAGAAAUAUUUUGGUGUAUAUGGGGACUUCUUUUUUAUUAGUGACCGCUAGGAUGGGGUAUACAGUUCACAGUGAAAUCUCUGAAUCAGUCAAUCAGAAAGCAUUUAUUAAACACACUGUGUAACAGGUUUGUAUAAGUGCUGGGUAUACAAAGAAAGGUAAAAACAUUGCCUCUGCCCUCAGGCUGCCAAGUGGAGCCAGAGGACGGUAUGUAAAUACCAAGGUGCAUGGUACUAUAGAGUAGAUAAGAGGUUAAGGCAUCACUACCUGGGGAGGGACAGAGGGACCUGAAACCUCCUGCCAAAAGUGAUUUGAGCGGAGUCUUUAAGUAAGCCAGGGAAACUUAAAUCAGAAGCGAGGAGAGAGCAUUUUAGGCCUUGAGGACAGCCGCACAGAGACAGGAGGAACAGCAUGUGUGCCACAGCACGGCUGUAUUGUAGAGUGUGUAAGACUAGAAAAGGAGAAAAGAGCCAAGUUAGAGGAGGCUUGUUUUUGUUUUUAACUCCCAAAGUAAUAGGGAGCUGCUGGAGUUUAUUGCGUAUAAAGGAAGGGUGGCAUGGUCAGACCUAGUUCUAGGUUACCAGAAAUCUAUGUUGCUGAGUGGAGAAUGAUUUGGAGCAGGAAGACCAAUAGGAAGGCUAUUGCAGACAGGUGAAAGAUGCUGAGGGCCUGAAUUAAGAGGGGUAGCUGUGUGUGUGAAUGAAAAGAAGAGAGUAUUUGAGACGUGUAAGGGUAGAAACAGCAAGAUUUGGCAGUUAAUUCAAUGUAUGGAUAUGAGUGAGAGCAAGUCAAAGACUGAAUAUUUUACAGACUGUUGUAGUAGGAGGCAUGUAUCUGACUGUCAUUCCUCUGUUCAAAAAACACUAGUGCUUCCCUCUUGGCUGGUAAGUAAAAUAAAGACUCCUGGCUUUUAAAAGCCCUUCCGAACUGCCAAAUAAUGUAGCUUUUCAAGCUUAUUGCGCAUGUACUAGGAGUAUUAUCUCCUAGGGUACCCGCUACAUAGGUUCAGCCACUGUCUUCUAAGCCCUGCCAUUUAGGCUAGCUUUUCCUAAGCUGUUACCCAAUGUGCAGCAAGGUGGCAUGGUGGAUAGAGCUCUGGGUUUGGAGCCAGGAAGACCUGACACCAGCUAUCUGACCGUGGGCAAACCACCUAACUUCGUGCCUCAGUUUCCUCAUGUGUAAAAUGAGCUGGAGAAGGAAAUGGCAAACCACUCCAGUAGCUUUGCCAAGAAAACUCCAAAAUGGAGUCACAAAGAGUCAGAUAUGACUGAAAUGACUGAACCACAAGCAUACAAUAAAUGUUAAGCAAGUUUUUCCUUAAAAGAUAAUUAAAACUGUCCAAGAUUUUUAUUUCAUUUGCCCAGGAAACCAAGAAUUGAACAUUGAGAAGUCAGGAGCUCCUUCCCUAGACUUGAAACUGAUGGAUCACCAAGGCACAGACAGAGCAGGGAUUAGUGCUGUGUGUUUGUCGAAUAUCUUUUUUCCAUGACAUGGUUAAGUAAAUUUUUGUUGUUGUUGUUGGGUGGUCUACUAGAAAUCUCAUGUCUUUUUAGUCCUAAACCUGAACCACUGGACCUGAGUCAAGCCUGGCCUACAGUAGCCCCUCGGACUAGUCUCCUUCAGGCACUAUAGACAUUCAGAGGACAGAGAAAUCAUUAGAUUCAUCUCAUAAGAUGUAGAUCUUGUGCUAAUCUAGUGAUUAAAAUGUGGAGAGAGAUAUGAGGGGAGGGUAGAAGAAAGAGGAGUAUACCAAACUUGGAGAGUAUCACAUGCCAAGGGAAUGUAUUUUUAAUUUUAUUUUGUGGCAAGGGACACAGUAAAUAGAUCAGGCUAUCGAGAGCGAAGUAUUCGUGGAGGGGGAGGGCUGAAAAGAUGAGGAGAUAGAUGUGAUAGUUCAGCAUUUUCCUGAAAUGUUGCCCUUCCUUCUCUUCCCCCUCGUCCCAUAACAUGGGAUAGGCCUAAACCGCUUCUCUUCCCUCCUUUGUCAGGUAUUGUUGUUAAAGUCAUUUAUUAAUUCUGACUCUUUGAGACCUCAUGGACCAUAUUGUCCUUGCGGGCUUUUUGGCAGAGAUACUGGAGUGAUUUGCCAUUUCUUUUUCCAAUGGAUUAAGGCCAACUGAGGUUAUAUGACUUGCCCAAAACCACCGAACUAGUAAGUAUGUGUCAGAUUUGAACUUCCUGGCUCCAGCCUAGAUGGCUGCCCCUUAGAUUAGCUUUCCCUAAAAGGAGUCAAAGUUGUCCCAAGGACCUGAUUGGCCCUGACUUUUUGGUGUUCACCUAAAGGCAUAAAAUGCUCUAGCCACUAGCCCCCUCUGAUUUGGUAGAUUUCUAAAGACCUUGUGAAUCACACGUCCUGCAUAUCCUGCCUUGAUGAAUAGACGUGUUUCUGUAUGGAGUUGGCGGAGGUGGAGAUGACGGUGUUCCCCUAAGCUAGUGCCGCUGUAUCCUUGCUGUGUUAGGCAAAGAGCUGUGAAAUAAUGAAAAUCUUGUUUAAGGUUACUGUGUCAACAGUAUUCAAGAUAAAUUGAAGUGAGAAGAAACUGGAGUCAGGGAGAUCAAUUGUUAUUGCUCUGAUAAUAGUCAUAUUGUGAGAUGGUAAGUUUCAGACCUAUCAUAGAAUUUCAGAGUUGGAAGAGACCUAAACAGUUCAACCCAUGCCCCUAAGAAGAAUGCCCACUGCAGCGCAUCCAGUACGUGAUCAUCUAGCUUUCACUUGAAGACCUCCAGAAAGGUAGAAUCCCCUACCCUUUCAGGGAGUCCGUUCCACUUUUGAACUGAUCUAAAUUUCCCUUUUUGCAGUUUCUACCCAUUGUUCCAAAUUCUGCCCCUUGGGACCGCAUAGAACAAGUCUGAUCCAUCUUGCACAUGAAAACUUAUUAAGUAUUUUUAAAUAACUGUAUUCUCUCUCUUUCCCCUCCUCACCCCCCAUCUUCAGACUAAGCAUCCCCAUUUCCUACAGCAGACUCUUACAUGGCAUGAAUUUGAGGCCCUUCACUAUUCUGAUUGCACUCUUCUGGACAGCCUCAGUUUACCAGUGCUCUCUCUAAACAUGGUGCCCUCAACUACACACAGAAAUCUAGAUAUGGAGCAGAGCAGUUUAUCGCAUCCUUAUUCCUAGGAGCUAAGCUCUCCUAAAAGGAAAAUUUAUCUAACCACACUUUCCCGUCUUGUACUUGUGACAAUGAUUUUUUGGAAAUAAGUCUAAAAUUUUACAUUUAUCCAUAUUAACCUUCAUCUUAUUAGAUUUAGCCCCAUGUUCUAGCCAGUCAAGAACCAUUUAGCAAGUCUGAAUCUGACAUCCCACCCAAUUUUGUGUCAUCUACAGAUUUCUCCUGUUCCUGUCUGCUGUGCACUAGGUGUCCUAAGGCCUCAUAGGACACAACAUCAUCACCUGCUACCAGGUCCAGGGAGGACUUGAACAAUCUAAUCAUAAGGCCUUGGACUUCCCCCAACCUCAUCUGUACUGGCCAAGGAUAAAAGACAGAGGUCUUCCACAGUACUUUUAGCCCCCAGCCAGGAGGAUAUCCCAACAUCAGGAGUGCAACACACUGAGUCCUGACCAGGAUAUACCUGGAAGAAUAAGUCAGAGUUUGGAAUUCCCCAGAAUGGAAUUUCUCAUCCUUGGAAAUUAUCUCCUGGAUAAUCCUGAGUUUGAAAGUUCCCAAGUUUAAGAGUUCUUCAGGCACCAAUCUCAUAAAAAUAAUAUUUCCUCUACAUUGUGCCCCCCCGAAGAAGGAAGAGGACUCCCACUAGUUGCUGGAACCACCCAGUGGAGGCGAGCAGUACUUCAGUCAGACUAGGUUAUUAGAAAGUGUAGUGAGCACAAAAGCCAGGCACCAUGUCAUGCUAUGGGAGGUACGGAGGAGAAACCAAAGUAUAUGUUGGCAACCUGGAAACUGGUGCUGGCAAAGGAGAGUUAGAAAGAGCCUUUAGUUAUUACGGUCCCUUAAGAACCGUGUGGAUUGCCAGAAAUCCUCCAGGAUUUGCCUUUGUGGAGUUUGAAGAUCCAAGAGAUGCAGAAGACGCAGUCCAAGGACUAGAUGGAAAGGUGAUUUGUGGUUCCCGUGUAAGAGUCGAGUUGUCAACAGGCCUGCCUCGAAGAUCUCGUUAUGACAGACCGCCUGCACGCUGCCCAUUCGAUCCUAAUGACCGAUGUUAUGAGUGUGGGGAGAAAGGUCAUUAUGCUUAUGAUUGUCACCGCUACAGCCGGCGAAGGAGAAGCAGGUCACGAUCUAGAUCUCACUCAAGAUCCCGAGGAAGGAGAUAUUCUCGUUCCCGAAGCAGGAGCCGUGGAAGGAGGUCACGAUCUGCAUCUCCUCGAAGACCAAGAUCCGCCUCUCUGCGUAGAUCUAGAUCUGCUUCAAUCCAGUCUCGAUCGGGUUCUUUAAAAAGAUCUCGAUCAUCCCGUUCAAGAUCCCGAUCCAGAUCUCCGUCAAGACCUAGAAGCAGCCAAUCAAAGUCCAGAUCACCAUCUCCAAAGAGAAGCCACUCCCCUUCUGGAAGUCCUCGCAGGAGUGCAAGUCCUGAAAGAAUGGACUAAAGUGGAAGAAAAAAAUUGCCUUUUAGGAAAGAAGUUAUUUUGUUUACUUUAUUAUAAGAGAUUUUGUGAUGUCUGUUCAUUGUAACCUAGAAGGGUAUUUGAAUCAUCUAAUAAUCAGAAUGGAUCUGGAUAUUUUAAGAGUUCUGUAAACCUGCAUCAACAAAGUAGUAUUUUACAUACACACACAAAAAUAUGUAUCCUUUGAUCUGAAGAUGUGGGGAAUUUCUUGUUGACUCAUUAAUAAUAAAAUUGUAUUUCUAACUAGAGUUCUGAUUUGUGAUCACUACUGUUAACAUGUAGCUUGGGCAAGUCUCAAGCCUAGAGACCUUGUUAGACCUGUUGUUGAGUAGCUAGAUGUGACUAGAAGGUGAUAAAAAUGGUCACAUUUGGUGCAUUAAUGAGAUGUUUCAUACAUUGAAAACCUGUCUUUUCAUACUAUAUAAAUUUGGAAGUAGUUGUUUUAGAGAGUUAAAAGAACCUUAAUUUUUCAUAAUUGCCUGUCAUCUGUAUCAGAAUCUUAAAUUCUAAGUACAAUGUUAAAUGCCCCUUGAAAUUAUCACCAAGGAACUAUGAUUUGUUAAACUAAGUUGGCAUGACAAUUUUAGAACAAAGUAAAUUUGGGGUAAUGUUGAAGAGUCUGAAAAAUAAUACACAACAGCAGAAGUCUGAAUUCUAGACAGUUGUAUUAUGUAGCACCCAGUGUUUAUACAAGCAGAGCAUUAUUAGGUAGGUGUUCAUCAGGUGAAAUGGUACUAGGAAGUGUUGAAAAAGUCACCAUUUGCCCAGGACUGCAAUUAUUUUUUUUAAGUAAUAUUUAUUUUAGUAUUGAGUUAAAGUUUUUAAAGUCAGCCAAAAAUAAGUAUAUUUUAAGACUUGAUUGGAUCGAGGACUAAGAUAAGUGUAAACCAUCUUUGCAAAAUGGUUCUUUUUCCAGUUUAGGCACUGUUUUCAUCUCUACAUCAAUUCUUGUACUUUAUCCCUUCCCACCAAAAAGGGAGAUUUUGGAAAGCCAGUGCAAAGUAUUUAAAUAUAUAUUAUUGAUUAUAAACAAACUAAAAUAUUUUUCAUACAUCUGAUUUGUCUCUUGAAUCACUUCACGAACUUAGAUUUUUCAUAGAAUCCAGUAAUAUUCCCCAAAAUAUGUAUUAUCAGAAUAUUCUCUCACUAAAAGGCAUAAGUGAUUUCUUUAUUUGAAAAUAUUUGUUUGCCAGUUCUAGUUUUGGUACAUAAAGCUCAACUUUUGAGGGCCAAUGAUUUUCCAGUCUACCCGAUAGUGAUAUCUGCCAUAAGUUUAAAAUAGGUAGCAAGUCAAUAAUUUAAGUUUCCUAGUUAAGUUUUUGAAUGCUUUGACAUACCCAAGAACUUUUUUUUUAAUAUGCUAAAGUUAUUUAAAUAAACAUUUUUGUUUGAAGGUUUGAAUAUUGAAGGAGUGCUAUAGAAGCCACUUUAAGUUGUACUGGUUGAUCUGUUGCUUUUUAUCAGCUUCUGUAGUAUAUUAAAGCAAAUAGGCUCUAAAAUAAAUAUGCAGAGAUUAAAAAGCCACAAAAAAGGAAGUGACCCCUGCAGCUGGAGGAUUUGGAAUGGCUUAAGUGGGUGCACAGGAGAUCGUAAGUCCUGUGAGUUACAUAGAGAGUGCAGGUCCAAGGUGCAUGGGGCAUAUUUGUUCAGCUGUCCCCAAAGUACCUUUAAGAGAAUCUAAUGGGCUAUUUGAUUACUUUAUGUUUCUUCCAUUGCUUGUGGGCUCCUGUGAGUUCUUUGCAUCUUAAACAUUUUCUGUGGUGAGUGAAAUAAAGGCUUCUUUCUACCCAGUA